AAUAAGAUGAAAAGUGGCUACGAAGGAGAAAACAUAAUUGUCUAAAAAUAGAGAAAGGGUUUGCUGGUGGAAUGUCGGCUUCUAGUUCUACUAUCCUUACACGGCUGCUCCGCCGUGAUGUUAAUGUUAUCAUCCUCUUCCUGUGGCCUUUCGCCGUCAUCGCACUAAUGUUAGCAUGAUUACCAUUACUAUUACCAAAUUCUGUUAGCGCUUGUUUAAAGCUGUGAUUCAACUUUAAUCCACAAACAAAAAGUAAAAGAAGAUCCUGAUGAUGAUGAUGAGAGGGCCGUUAUUGAUCGGCGUAGUAAUCGUUAUGGUUCUUGGACUCGCAGUCUAUAUGAAGCUUUGGACCAUUGAUUACCAAAUUUCCUCCAAUGAAACCGAAUUAAUAAGAAGGCAGUUUGAUCUUGCAAACAGGGAAGCAAUGGAUGAAUCUGCAGAGUGGAGACUGAAAUUCGAUGUUGCAGAAGAACGAGCAAAUAAGUGUACGAAGGAGCUAAAAAGAGUUAAGGAGAGUCUUGGAGAUAAGAGUGGUAACAGCAUAACCAAAAGGCUAGAUAUGUUACAGAAGGAAAAUAUAAACUUGUUGGAAAGAGUUGAGACAUUAAAACAAGAGCUUGAAGCUGAGAAGAUGAAGUGCAGUAUGCAGAGGGUGUAAUUGUCUGAAGUCUGAAUGGAUCUAUGAUUUUGACCAAAGAUGGUGGAGUUUGACUUCAAGCUUACACUGUUGUUUUGAGACUAUAGUCUGUAGAUGUAUUGUUAUAUCCAGGUAAAGGGUUAAAUACAGAAGCUUUCAUUACAUCGACAUGAAGUUAUUCAAAAGACCAUCAUAUUUAAUUCUUUAGCAAACAACCGUUGCAUUUUAAAGGUUGUUCACAAAAAUGAAUAUUUGUAUUUGUCACAAUUUUUGCCAUUUACCAAAAGAUGACCUGUCUUUCUUUGAUAAGUUUUGGUGAUGUUACUUCUGUAUGUUGAAAAGGUUGUAAUUUCAGAGUCUGAAUUGCUUCUUUUUAAAGUUUCUACUCUAAAGUAACAUCAUUUUUGUUUACCUACUUGUUAUAUUGCAUUGGAUUUACGCAAAAAGUCCAUAUUUAGCAGAAUGUGUAUGGAG